CUGAUUAAAUAUUUUUACUUUGACCUGUCACCUGAGUGCUCCAGCCUUCCAUACCUCUAGAGCAGACUGGCAACUCUGGGGGUGAAUCCAGUAAGCACCUGAUUGAAAACACUCCCACCAUACCUGUUGGUGACAAAGGCAGGGCCUUCACGUUUUUCACUAAUGACUUCAUUCAUUUUCCUCCACUUAUCCAGAGUCAGGUCGCGGGGCAGCAUCCUAAGUCGAGAAGCCCAGACUUCCCUCUCCUCAGCCACUUGGGCCAGCUCUUCUGGGGGAAUCCCAAGGUGUUCCCUGGCCAGGCAAGAGACAUAGUCCCUCCGAUGUGUCCUGGGUCUCCCUUUAGGUCUUUACUUAAUGUUGAUCAGAAUCAGAAUCAACUUAAUUGUCAAUGCUGCAGCGUCCUGAAGCAUAGAAAUUUGUUUGUAUAGACGAAGCCUCUCUGUCUACUUCAGUGAUUCAAAAGUAAAUCCAUAACAUUUUGUUUAGUAAUGACAUGUUGUGUAUUUGACAACAGGAAUAAAAUGCCUUGGCACACAAUCAAAUAACUGAAUUGGAAAUAAAAAGAAUAUUUGUGGAAUGUUUUGUCAGGUAAAUGAUCCCAUUCAUUUACAUAAAAAAACAUACCACAGCCCGUUACAAUGGAGUGCUUUUUUAGUUUGGGUUGAACUUGUGCUGUCUAUUCAUCUGUCUAGCUGUAAAAUAUCUGUUAACGGCUAAUUACAUCAACAAGAAACUGGAAUUUGAUCACAUAAAACUCUAUUCUUAGGUUUUCAGCGUUAAAUACCUAUUAUUCACUUCUAUUAAAACCUGCAGUGUGGUUUUUAGUUUUUCUGUCUCAUUGGACACCACCUCUAUAUUCAUAGACCUUUGCUUAUUAUGGGAACGUGACAUUUUGUUGUAAGAAACCUAAGAGGAGUUUUGUUUUAAGCACAUCUUAUUCUUUCUUCCACAUACUUACAGUAAGUAAAAUAUUGUUGCAAGGAAAAAUAAACAAAGUAGUCCUGUUUAUUCCGUAUUCACUGUCUACAGUAGCUCACAACUUACCACGCUCGCCGCCCGCUAUGCUUUCAUGUGUGCUCCUCUUAAUUUGCUAAAGUGCAGAGAGAAUUGUAAACAACAGUGUUGGAGCUGCUCAGCUGGGCUAACACUGUGGUGACAUUACGUUAAAUUUCUGCUCUGUAAAGUAAAAUAUCAGUGAAGAUCUCUCUAAGUAAGUUGUGUGUCUCUGCAUCGGUCAAUAUGGAGAAGCAUAGCUUCUAUAGAUCAACCAUUUAAAAUGUUAGUAAAUGUGUUGAAAAUGUAUCAUACAUGUGUUAUUUUUCUUUUUUAUGCUUUUAUCAUCAAGUGUCAGAAAUGAGCUAAAAUCAGACAUCCCUAAAACAGACAGUGUUAACAGAGACGUGUGUGUGUGCAUGUCAACAAGUGAAUGUAAAUGAUUUGCUCUACAGUUACGGAGAUGAAAGUGAGGGAGGGCAGACAAAGACUGGUGUGAGUGUAAAAACCAGACUCGCUCUUUCAGUUCGUCAGUGUUCAGCUCGUCAGACUCCUCUAGUUCUGCUCCACCUCACUUCUGUUAUUUUCAUAGUCUGGAAUCAGGCCCGACUGGGAGGGAGGGACGAUGGGGACGUCUUUUCAUGGAGACCCAGUGUGUGACGAUCAAGCCGAGGGGAAGAAGAAAGGUCGGCCAAAAACAGACACGCAGGAACUGAGAAGCAUCCCUGCUCAUUUGAUAGUUCAGUGGAAGGAAGAGUUUAAGCGCCGCUCCAGGGUUAAAUGUCCGUGUUCAGGCUGUCGGUUAGAGUUCCCCACCAUCUAUGGCAUCAAGUACCACUAUCAACGCUGCCAGGGGCCCACUGUAGCUGAGGUGCUGAGUCAUGGCUGUCCUUACUGCGAGGCAGUGUUUGCCUCUAAAGUCCGGCUGGAAAAGCACAAGCUGUGGAACCACCCAGAUAAAGUUAGUAAGGAACCCAAGGAGGAGCCGCCCAAGCUUCACACGAUUCCUGUCAAGUUCAACACAAAGAAAAGGCCCAUGGAGAGCAGCCCCCCCUCUCCAGUGUUCUUCAAAGUGAAAAAGACUCACGAGGCAUCCACGCCGUCUCAGAAUGGAGAAGUGGCUCAUCAGAGGAGCGAGAGGAGACAGCACAGCCAAAGCCAGCCGUCACAACAGAUUCAUCAGCCGGUUCAGUCUCAGUCACAGUCCCAAAGCACAUCGUCCGACGCAGGAGGAAGUGAAAGUGAGGGAGGCAGUCUCCCCUCUUCCUUUCCUGAUGAAGACCCAGAGAGAAUGAAGCACCGGCGGAAGCAGAAAACUCCUAAAAAAUUCACAGGAGAACAGCCGUCCAUAUCUGGAACAUUUGGAUUGAAAGGCAUGAAUAAGGUGGAGGAGAAGCUGAAGGCAGGUCGUGUGAAGAGACCAGAGGGAUGUGGUUUCAGUGAGGAGUCUCAGAGGAGGCCUUCAUCAAGUCAGUCAUCUAAGAAAGAUCCAGCCACAACAAACUCUGGUGGCAUUUCUGACACUCAGUGGCAGCGAACAAUCUCAGAGCGAGGUGAAGUUGUGUGUCCAACGUGCUCCAUCGUCACAAGAAAAACUAUCCAAGGCCUCAAGAAACACAUGGAAAUCUGCCAAAAGCUCCUGGAUGCCCUGAAGUGCCAUCAAUGCCAGAAACAGUUCAGGUCCAAGGCCGGCCUCAACUACCACACCAUGGCUGAACACAGCACCAAGCCCUCAGGGAGCGAAGGCCAGAAGGACAGCAAGCAUGAAGAGAGGGAGCGGCUGCGCCGCGUGCUUAAACAGAUGGGGCGAAUCAAGUGUCCUAGUGAGGGCUGUUCAGCCCACUUUUCCAGUCUGAUGGGCUUCCAGUAUCACCAGCAGCGUUGUGGAAGAGAUAUUUCUGACCAUGAGAAGCCUGUGUUUCUGUGCCAGCACUGUGGAAAGAACUACCGCUCCAAGGCAGGCAAAGACUACCACGUACGUACCGAGCACCACCCGACCGUCAUCGCCACUCCAACCACCAAUAGCUACAAGGACAAUGCCACCGAUACCAACAACAAUACAGGCAAGAAGGAGGAGUCUGUGCCAGGAGGCAAGAAGAAGGAGCCAAAUUCCCCCGAGAGGAAGGACUGGCAGGAGAAAGCGCCAUCCAGUCAGCCCAAAGAGAAGCAGCUGGGAAAGGAGAGAGAGCAGCAGAAGGACAAAACAGCACAAAUAAAGAGCCAUGGGGAGGAUUUUGAAAGGACCCCCAGUGGCAGAGUUAGGCGGCAGUCAGCUCAGGUGGCAGUGUUCCACCUGCAGGAGAUAGCAGAGGACGAGCUGGCCAAAGACUGGGGAACCAAGCGGCGCAUCAAGGACGACCUGGUGCCUGACAGCAAGAGGUUAAACUACACUCGGCCCGGCCUUCCCAACUUCAGCCCAGAGCUGCUAGAGUCCUGGAAGAACCAGGUCAAGGAGAAGGGCUUCAUCUGCUGCAUCAACACAAACUGUGAAGCUGUAUACUCCAGUGUGUCCGGAUUAAAAGCCCACCUCGCCAACUGCAGCCAGGGUGGAGGUGAAAUGGGGAAGUACACCUGUCUAAUCUGUCAGAAGGAGUUUAGCUCUGAGAGUGGCGUUAAGUAUCACAUAAGUAAAACACACUCACAGAACUGGUUUCGUGCGUCAACAAGCCAGGUGGUUUCCGGUAACAAGAGUAAAGUCCUGGAGAACAAUGGGGUCAAAGCAGAGGUGAGGAACGGCACCACCACCAGUAAGAAGAGGGGCCGCAAACCUAAAGAGCGCCCCCUCAUGGACAACCCAGUCCAAACACAAACAGAAGCCUUCACCACCACACAGAACUCAGCCCCUGCCGCGACCCCUCCCUCCGGCUCAGCACAGUCCCCCGCCUCCACCCCCGAUCCAACGGACAGUGAAGGUUCCGUCCAGAACACGCCACCUGUCCUCGCCUCCACCAGACGAAGCAAACCCAAGAGAUUCUUUUUGUCAGAGUAGCGCUGCUUUUGUUGUUCCAGGAGCCAGAGAGGAUGCUUACCUUAAGGGCCUGGCUCUAAGAAGAAAGUCAAAAUUAACCAGUUUAAAAAAAUGCAUUCUUUACAUCUUGAUUUUAUACCCCAGAGUAUGUUGGUGCACCAGUAGAAGCUGUAAUCACAACAGUAGUGUUUAAUUUCACCAUUCCACUCCCGUCUCCCUUUUAAGGCACACAUUUCAGUUUCUGUACUCGCAGCAGGAGGAUCUAUAGUAUUCAGAGAUCAAACCCCACUCUAACACACAGAGCAGUAGUAUCCCCAAUAUAAGGACUAGUUUUCUCUGUGAGAUUCAAAGUUGUGUCUGAGAGGAUUUAAAAAAUGAUGUUUUUAGCAUGGUGAAGUCAUUUUAUAUUCGCUAGUGUUUUCUCUUUUGUUCACAGAAAUAUUGUACCGUGUACAUAAACAGUAUCUAUAUCUAUAUAUCUAUAUACUCAAAGCAAUGAUGCCAUCUAUUAUGUUUAAGCCAGACGUGUCCAGUUGGCUCAUGAGCGAUAGGAGUUGUUGCUAUCCGUGAUGGAGUGUGGUGUUUGUUUGGGUUUUUUACCUUUAAGUUGUCCUUUUUUCUACCUUUAGGGAUUUUUUGUAAGCAAAUGUCACAUAAGCUAGUUGUUGGUCAGUUUUUAAUCGUAAGCCACAUUUUCUUCCACACCAGUUUCUUAAUUACAUUUGCUUUAUGUAUGAUUGAAAUCAGCCAAAAAAACACAAUCAUGGAAAAAGACGUUCCACGCUCUUUUAGGUUUAUUAUUUUCCACUAUUGGAAAUGGUUCAGAUCUAAACUCAAGUGUACAAAAACACAACAGAUUCCAGCAUCACUCAAACAAAACCUGCUAUUUCUCAGCGCAUCGACCUCUGACCUUGGGUGAAUUUUCCAGGUUUUCCACUUCUGGGGAAAUUGGCAGCUGAUGAUAAUCCCUGAUGAGCAGCAACAGUUAUGUCUCUGAGGCCAUUGCUGACGACUUUACUCUUGGGCCUAGUGUCAACACACACCUGUAUAUUCCAGUAAAGCUGCUUUUAUAGGUGUAAUCACACAUUACCAGUUACUUCAACGUGUUUAAUCAGCAGCACCUGGCUGCCCUUUUCCCUCUUAAUUCUUAUAGAAGAGACAUUUUACACGCUUCCAUUUUGGCUUUGUUUUGUUUUUUAAUAAUGAACAAAUUUUUGAUAAUUUUUUUUAAUAAAUACAUUUAAAUAAUGUAUUAUAAAUAAUAAUAAUUUAAAAUGUUCCCUAUUUUAUAUAUGUCAUAUAAUUUUAAUAUUUUUGUUCUUGUGAAGAGCCCGGUGAUUUUUAUCUUGAGAGGCGCUAUAUGAAAAUUGGUUUCUUAUUCUUCUACAUGGCGGAUUCUGUUGUGUGUUUUUGUUUACUUAAGGUUGGAUUUUAGUCAUCUUUAAAACCUGUUUAAGGUCAAAUUUUCUUUAUUAAGUCCUGAUGAGUUAAAGAUUUGAAACGGGGCAGGCCUUCUUUUCCCAUGACUGGUUGUGAAGCAGAAUUUUCACAGACGGGAGCAUUUAAAACAUACGAUCUGUUGGUUACAAUGAUAUUUAAUGCGAGACUGAUCAUUUUAAAAUACAUCUAUCAAAGCUGAACUUUUAAAAGAAGAAGGAAAUUUUGUUUGAAGGUUGUUGCAUCUCUGCAGCACAAAUAAAUAAUAUCUUAAUAUUUUAAAGAAGGCACUUUGGCCACUGCUUUACCUUGAAUCUAAGCCGAGGAAAGGAUAAAAAAUAAAAACAUAUAUCUUUUUAUAGAAAGAUUGAGGAUUUUAUUGAACAAGAAAAAAAAUCCAAUUUACAUUCUCAGAAUAUAAUGUAUAUGAAUAAUUAUUCGAAGCCUAAAGUUAUUGCCUUGCACUUUAACCCUUUAUCCUUCUUGCUCCCCCUCUUGUCUUUUUGCACUCUAGGACGAUUGAAUCUGUCCUAGUGGCUGUUGGCUACAGGAGUGGUAAACUCUUGGGGAAGAGUUGGAGGAAAAACGGCACGGUUAACUCUUUUUGUAAAGAUUCUUACACGACGGUUAGAUUAUAAUUUAACCCAGAAAGCCAUAACUGGUAUUCAAGAAGCUUAAUUUGCUUUAUAUAGAUUAGCUUCAGAUUUGUUACAAAAAAAGUAGAAUUCCUUAAAACGAGAGAAUAUUUUCACUUAAACAUGUUUAAAGUAGAUACUUGAGUUCACAGUUAUAUGAAAAUAACUCAGCAAAUGAAACUCCACUAGUUGAUUUAAAUGUGCAGUUUAUGUCUAUGAAAUAAUAACUUGCUUGCUUUAAAAAAAAAGACAGAUUGUUAAUCUAUUUUAUAUUCUACUGUGUGUAUUACCCAGAUAGCAAUCUGAUAGUUUUGAAUAAAACCGUGAUCUGGGUAUAUUUUGGUGAGACAAUAAGGGUGCUUUUACUUGCCACUUUACCUUAAUGACCUGAAACAACUCGCCUGUACGUCCACUAACCCAUCCAUUCUGACUGGCAAGUUUCAGUUUUGCAUCAAAAUAUCAACGUUUCAAAAUCGAGCACGGAUGUCAACAGAACCUCUUGGAGGGAGAUGGAGUUAUAAACGGUUUCAUUCCAACACUGUGACUUUUUACAGUGUAAGGUGAAGCGUGUGUCUGGAUUCCUCCAUUACCAAUCAGACUAUGGAGGUUAUACAGGUGAUGGUGUUACUGUUGGAGGAAUGGACCAUCAUCUGCUACCAAGGUGUAGUUACGAGCGGACUGGUCUGUGGACAUUUUCAACACGAGUUGUCCACACUUUGUGUGUUUGCGUGUGUGUGUGUGUGUGUGUGUGUGUGUGUGUGUGUGUGUGUGUGUGUAAUAAACAGUUAGCACCUUUGUAAUGACUGGACGUCAGACAUGGUAACACUCUAGCUGAGUGUUACGCUGUGGCACAGAGUCAGUUUGUAAGCUGCUUGUUUCUUGUUUCAUGAACGACUUUGCGUUGACCGUGCUUUACCCGACAAGCUUUGGUGUUGCAAUAUGAUAGUUUAGCACUGCUUUUGACAGUGAGUAUUUUAUAUUUCAUCACGCCCUUUACUAUCUGUCUUCCUAAGACGUGGAACACACAUGUAUCCCUGCAGUGUGAGCAGACUGCAACAUGUUUAGAGAGUACAGCAAUACAUCAUAUUUAGCUGAUUUUGUUGGCUUGCUAACCUUUUGAUAUUCACGCGUCCCCUCGAAACUCUACAGCUUUUCUCUCUUCCUGACCUUUGUUUGCUUUGAAAAUGCUUUUUACUUAAUAUAAAUCUAAACAGAAAGAGUUUAAAAAACGAGAACCUAGUAGGCCUACGUGUUGGCACACACUGUUAUUUAAUCCAUUUUGAUGAUGCACAUAAAAAGAUGCAGCUUUUUCAGUACAUGAUGGCAAACACAUUAAAGGGUACUUUAUCAUUAUGUAUUGAAUAUGAGGCAACAAGGCAUAUGUAUGUGUUUGUUUCUGUAUUAGUGCACUUACUAUAACAUAAGAUAGGCUUGAAAUAGGAGUGUUGUUGGAGCUUUCUAGUUUCCUGGACUGUGUGUGUGGUGUGAGUUUUGUACCUGAGGAAACAGGAGGCUCAAGUGUCUUCCCUUUUGUUAGCAAUGUUAUUUCUGAAACCGAGGUUGAUCCUUAGGAAUCCCCUCACAGCUCCUGAAGUUCGCCCUUUUAUUUGGACAGCAGUGGCUUGUUUUAUAUGCUACCUACUUGAAAAGCAGAAACGGGGGUCUGUUGCGGGGCUUCUGUGAUGAGACACUUGAGAGUUUUAUGGGAUAAUAUUUCAGCUCAUAAUUGUUUGAUACAUAGGCAACAAAUAAAAGACUAAUUAUGUAUUAAAGAUUUCCAUAUCAGAAGUUAAGCUGUAUAGUACCUAACACUGGAGGAAGUAACGCCUCCUUUGUGUCUGAACUGUUACAAUUUUUCUCCCGAUCUUGUUGUAUUACCUGUGCAUUAGUACCCCUCAACUGAUUAAUAAAAGUUUGUUGACUAAA